GGCUUCCCUCUCCUCUCGGAAUUGUCCCCAGUGCACAAUUAUCCGUCCACCUCCCAGCAGCUCCCCUGCGCUCCUGGCGUCCUCCCCUUCCCUGCCCUCUCGUGGGUCCCGCACUGUCCUCCCCUCUGCAUUUCUCCUCAGGGUCCCGAGGACCUGCACCCCUCUGCUUCCGUCGUCAUAGUGGUUACGUCUUCUCUGCGCCGGAAGGAGAACCGCGAACACUUUUGGAAUUAUGGCGGCGGUGGAUAUCCGAGAUAAUCUACUGGGAAUCUCUUGGGUUGACAGUACAUGGAUCCCCAUUUUGAACAGUGGAAGUGUCCUAGAUUACUUUUCAGAAAGAAGUAAUCCUUUUUACGACAGAACGUGUAAUAAUGAAGUGGUCAAAAUGCAGAGACUAACAUUAGAACACUUAAAUCAGAUGGUUGGAGUGGAAUACAUCCUUUUACAUGCUCAAGAGCCCAUUCUUUUUAUCAUCCGAAAGCAACAGCGGCAGUCCCCUACCCAAGUUAUCCCACUGGCUGAUUACUAUAUCAUUGCUGGAGUGAUCUACCAGGCACCAGACUUGGGAUCAGUUAUAAACUCUAGAGUGCUUACUGCGGUGCAUGGCAUUCAGUCAGCUUUUGAUGAAGCUAUGUCAUACUGUCGAUAUCAUCCUUCCAAAGGGUAUUGGUGGCACUUCAAAGAUCAUGAAGAGCAAGAAAAAGUUAAACCUAAAACCAAAAGGAAAGAAGAACCAAGCUCUAUUUUCCAGAGGCAACGUGUGGAUGCUUUACUACUAGACCUCAGACAAAAAUUUCCACCCAAAUUUGUGCAGCAAAAGUCUGGAGAAAAGCCUGUCCCAGUGGAUCAGACAAAGAAAGAGGCAGAACCUACACCAGAAACUGUGAAGUCUGAUGAGAAGGAGACCACAAAGAACAUCCAACAGACAGUGAGCACUAAAGGUCCCCCUGAAAAACGAAUGAGACUUCAGUGAGUAUUGGACAAGAGAAGAUUGUAAGACUUCUUGUCCAUUAUUAUACCUCAUACUGUGACAGGCUCUUGAACUUUGAAAUUCUUUGUCACAACUCUCAUUUAUAUAGAAUGUGCUUGCUCUUUAAGAAAGGAUAUAAGGACCCUCAUGCUUUUGAGAUGGAUAUUUGUAUGUAUCUUUUGUAACCUUUCCCCCACGGACUUGAGCAGCCUCCUCACUCACAUGUGUACUGCUUACAUAUGUUUGAAACCAAAUUAAAGUAUUUGUCUAAAUUACUUUA